GGAAGGCUGGGAGGGCACUACGCUCUUUCCGAUAUUUUGUCACACACAAGUACUUGAAGGAUCCUUCCACAGCCGACGAGUCCCAGGUUCCUAGCUUGAUACGGGACUUGGUCAAACCAGAGGAUUGGGCUGCUUUUGUGACGUCACGUCGUGAUAGGCAAUUUCAAGAAUUAAGUUCCCAAAAUAAGGAAAGAGUAAAGAAGAAUGAGUAUCCCUACCGAAAGGGCCGCUUGGGUUAUGCGGGCCUUGAGCAAGAGGUGACUCAGCAGGAGGGAUCAGAUGUCACUGUAUCACGUCAGAUGCUGUGGGCACUGGCCAGGCAAAAUAAAGAUGGCCAAAUUGAUAAUCCUCGCGUUAAGGAGGUCGUGGACAGGAUGGAGAGUUUGUCCCAGGAAGUUUCGCAGGGGGCAUAUUCUGCAGAUGACCAGGAUAUAUUGAGGAGGGCAUUGGGGACUCCUGACCAUCCUGGUCUUCUUAGGGGUGUCGGUUAUGGAGUCACCAAGAGAGAUUACUUUGGGUACCGACAAAAGCCCUCUUCAUCGUGCACGCCUUCCUCUGCUGAGUUCAUGGAGCUGAAGGAAGAAACACGCUGGUUAAAGGAGCAAGUUAAAGUGCAAGCGCUCCUAAUCGAGCAGUUGAUCAAGAAUCAAGCACCACAGCCGGCUCCGAAUCUCAGCCCAAGUGGCAAAGACAGCUGCACAUUCCCCUUGCUACCUGAGGGUGAAGCGGACGUUCAGUGUAUGGCGGAUAGCCCUAAACAUCACACUGUUGCAACGGGCCGCAUGUUCAAUUUACCGGGGGAGAGUAUAAUUCAUAAUGUUCCUCUCCCUGCUGAUCAUGUGAGGGUGCAGUUGAACACUGCUAUUGAUGCGAAUUAUGCCCUCCCGAUACCCACCCCAGAUGCAGAGACAGUGGCUCAAGCAGUGGGUAGCUUUGUCGCUUGGCCUGGCCGUCUUCUUACAUUAGGACAUCCUUCAAAGUCUAAGGGGAAGAAGAGCCUAUUGGGUGAUCACUCAUUAUCAUCACCACAGAAGCAGCCCUCUGAGCCCGUUCAAGUGGUAUCAUCAAGAUUCCGAAUAUGUCUUGAGGAAUAUGCAAUUGGGGCCAGAUUAGAACAUGGCGAGGAUUUCAUGAUUCCCCUAGAGUUUGAGCCAGAGGUAUACGGUCGACCCUCGUCAGAUUAUGUCACAAAUGAAGUAUUGAAAGAGAUUCUGACGCAUGGAAUGGCCAGCACAAAUGCCUGUAACUUUUAUAUCAGAUAUCUUUUCAAGAACUUCAUAGCCCCUGGUGGCCUUGAUGACAAGUUCAAGAUUAUCAGCCCCCACACUUUUGCUGGCCAUGAAGAAAGACUUAUCUAG